ACAAGAAGUCAUACAAAGUUAACGAAAACGAAAUCCUUGAGAGCUCAUAGAUUCAAGAAAAUGGCAGCUAGCACUGGUUUUUCUUCAGAUUGUGAUCGGAUGAAAGGUAUCAAGGAAUUUGAUCAGUCCAAACAUGGAGUGAAGGGGUUGAUAGAUUCCGGAAUUGCUUCCAUUCCCAAAAUAUUUGUUCAACCACCUGAAACUCUCGCCUCUCUCAGCCCUUCUCAACCCAACGCCGGAAACAUCCCGGUAAUCGACCUGGAAAACAUAAACUCGGAGGCUCAUCGUCCCACAAUUGUCGAGGAAAUAAGAAAAGCUGCAAAUGAAUGGGGGUUUUUCCAAGUAAUCAACCAUGGAAUCCCUGGAACAGUGUUGGAGGAAACGAUUCAAGCAGUCAAAUCAUUCCACCAACAGCCAGCAGAAACCAAGGCAAAGUAUUAUUCCCGUGAAGAGAUGAAAGCCGUGGUUUAUUCGAGCAACAAUGAUCUUUAUCGUUCCAAGGCAGCUACCUGGCACGAUUAUCUCCAGGUUUGGAUGGCACCGGAAGAUCGACGUCCAAAGCUGGAAGAUAUACCAGAAGCACUGAGAAAACGGUCGCUUGAAUGGGAUGUUUGUGCUAAAAAAGUGGCUGAAGAUUUGAUGGAGCUGUUAUGUGAAGGGAUAGGAUUAGAAUCAAGCAAGUUUAAGGACUUGGGGCUUUCUACUGGAAGGCUGUUUGUGGGAGUCUAUUAUCCAUAUUGUCCUCAACCUGAUCUCACACUAGGGCUCACCUCGCAUACAGAUCCAGGUGGUAUAACAGUUUUGCUUCAGAAUCAAGUUCCAGGGUUGCAGGUCAAACAUGGAGAAGAGUGGAUUGAUGUGAACCCCCUUCCUGGAGCAUUGAUAAUCAAUAUCGCCGACCUGAUGCAGAUAUUUUCCAAUGAUGAAUACAACAGCAUUCAGCAUCGAGUUCUAGCUAAUUCAUGUGAAGAGCCACGAAUCUCAGUGGUUGAGUUUCUGAGCAUAGGGAAAUGGGAAGAAACUGAGUAUGGACCUUUACCGGAGUUGGUGUCAGCCGAGAAACCGCUUCGCUAUCGUCGUUUCACCGAGGAUGAAUUUCAUGAUAACUUCUAUAGCAAAGCACUGGACAGUAAAUCCUUCAUCGAUAAGCUUAAACUAUAAGUCAUUUACCAAGAAGAAUACAUUUUAAGUGCUUGCUGCAUCUAAAUUAAUGAAUAAGAUUGAAUGUAUAUGGUGUGCCGUGUUAAUGGGAAGAAUGAUGAGUGUUGACGAA